GCAAGAUGUCUUCAAAUGUUUUUACUCAAAGCAGCUGAGAAGAACUGGAACUCAAGAUGAGAACCAACAAGGUGUACAAGCUCGUCAUACAUAAGAAGGGUUUUGGAGGCAGUGAUGAUGAGCUGGUGGUGAAUCCUAAAGUAUUUCUUCAGAUCAAGCUGGGAGAUGUUGUGGAAAUUGCCCAUCCCAAUGAUGAGUACAGUCCUCUGCUUCUGCAAGUGAAGUCCCUCAAGGAAGAUCUGCAGAAAGAAACUAUAAGUGUGGAUCAGACGGUGGCACAAGUGUUCCGCCUGCGGCCAUACCAAGAUGUCCAUGUGAAUGUCGUGGAUCCAAAGGAGGUGACCUUGGACUUGGUGGAGCUGACCUUCAAAGAUCAGUAUAUUGGGCGUGGGGACAUGUGGCGGCUGAAGAAAAGCUUGGUCAGCACUUGUGCUUACGUCACCCAGAAAGUGGAGUUUGCAGGGAUCAGGGCACAGGCAGGUGAACUGUGGGUGAAGAGUGAGAAGGUCACUUGUGGCUACAUCAGUGAGGACACCCGGGUUGUUUUCCGCUCCACUUCAGCCAUGGUUUACAUUUUCAUCCAGAUGAGCUGUGAAAUGUGGGAUUUUGAUAUUUAUGGGGACCUGUACUUUGAGAAAGCUGUGAAUGGUUUCCUUGCUGAUCUCUUCUCAAAAUGGAAGGAGAAGAACUGCAGCCAUGAAGUGACAGUGGUUCUAUUUUCUAGAACAUUCUAUGAAGCCAAGUCUAUAGAUGAGUUCCCUGAAGCCCAGCGUGCCUCCAUUCGGCAGGACCAUGAGGGAAGGUUCUAUGAAGAUUUUUACAAAGUUGUAGUUCAGAAUGAGAGGCGAGAAGAGUGGACCUCGUUGCUUGUCACCAUCAAAAAGCUUUUCAUCCAGUAUCCUGUGCUGGUACGCCUGGAGCAAGCAGAGGGUUUUCCUCCGGGCUACAACUCUACCUCAGCACAAGGGAACUACCUGGAGGCCAUAAAUCUUUCAUUCAAUGUGUUCGACAAGCACUACAUCAACCGCAACUUCGACCGCACCGGCCAGAUGUCCGUCGUCAUCACGCCCGGCGUCGGCGUCUUCCAGGUGGAUCGGCUGCUGAUGAUCCUCACCAAGCAGCGCAUGAUUGACAAUGGGAUAGGUGUGGACUUGGUAUGCAUGGGAGAGCAACCAUUGCAUGCUGUACCACUCUUUAAGCUCCAUAAUCGCUGUGGGCCUGGUGACUCCAGACUGGGUGAUGACUACAAUAUCCCACACUGGAUAAACCACAGUUUCUACACAUCCAAAAGCCAGCUCCUGUGUAACAGCUUUACUCCACGGAUCAAGCUGGCAGGAAGGAAGCCACAGACUGAGAAAGCAAAGAGUAACCGAGAUGCCUCAUUAGGGGCUCCAAAAGAUGCUGAGAAUGCCCUGCCUAUCCAGGUGGAUUAUGAUGGCUAUGAUGCCCAGGUGUUCAGACUGCCAGGCCCAUCCAGAGCCCAGCGCUGUACCACCUUCAGCAGGGCUGUGAGGGAGAGAGAAAGUCGUACCAGGAAGAGCUCCAGUUCCUAUGAUGUCUCCUGCAGCCCUUCUCUGCAGAGCCGCACACUGCCCCCCGAGGAGGUGAGGAGCCAGGCUUCUGAUGACAGCUCAUUGGGCAAGAUCUCCAACAUCCUGAUGAUCCCACGGCCUCAUCUGCACCAGUGUGAAGUCAGCAGCUCUUUGGGCUAUACCAGCACCAGAGAUGUCCUUGAGAACAUGCUGGAGCCUCAGCAGCGUGACUCCAGUGCCCCUGGGAGGUUCCACGUGGGCAGUGCAGAGUCGAUGCUGCACGUGCGGCCCGGGGGGUACACCCCGCAGCGUGCCCUCAUCAACCCUUUCGCCCCGUCCCGCAUGCCCAUGAAGCUGACCUCCAACAGGCGGCGCUGGAUGCACACCUUCCCCGUGGGCCCAUCAGGAGAAGCUAUCCAGAUCCAUCAUCAGACCCGUCAGAAUAUGGCAGAGAUGCAGGGCAACGGGCAGCAGGAUUUGACACACUCCUCUGCUGAGCUGCUGGAGCUGGCUUACCAUGAAGCCACAGGGAGGCACGCCAGCGCUCGGCACCCUGGUGACAGCGCCGCUUUCCUGGGCUUCAGUGCAGCAGAGGAGUACUCCAAUGGCCUGGCUGGCACCAACGGGGCAGGGAUGAACCUCAAAACUCAGAACAAGGAGUCCUCGGAAGAUGCCGCUUCUAACUCUCCAGAUCCAAUUCUGACGCUGUCUGCUCCCCCCGUAGUGCCAGGCUUCUGUUGUACAGUUGGAGUGGACUGGAAGUCUCUCACGACUCCGGCGUGCCUCCCCCUCACCACCGACUACUUCCCCGACCGCCAGAGCCUGCAGAACGACUACACCGAGGGUUGCUAUGACCUCCUUCCAGAAGCUGACAUGGACAGGAGAGAUGAGGAAGGAGUGCAGAUGACAGCCCAGCAGGUGUUUGAGGAGUUCAUUUGCCAGCGGCUCAUGCAGGGCUAUCAGAUCAUUGUGCAGCCCAAGCCGCAGAAGCCAGCCACAGCCGUGCCGCCCCCACUCAGCAGCAGUCCCCUCUACAGCCGAGGUCUUGUGUCAAGAAACCGUCCCGAGGAAGAAGAUCAGUACUGGCUGAGCAUGGGCAGGACCUUCCACAAAGUGACACUGAAAGACAAAAUCAUCACUGUGACUCGAUACCUGCCCAAGUAUCCAUACGAAUCUGCUCAGAUAAAUUACACUUACAGCUUGUGCCCCUCACACUCUGACUCUGAAUUUGUCUCUUGCUGGGUAGAGUUUUCCCACGAGAGACUAGAAGAGUACAAGUGGAAUUACUUGGAUCAGUAUAUCUGCUCUGCCGGCUCCGAGGAUUUCAGUCUCAUUGAAUCCCUCAAGUUUUGGCGGACCCGCUUCCUGCUGCUGCCGGCCUGCAUCAGCGCCACCAAGCGCAUCGUGGAGGGGGAGGCGCACUGCGAUGUGUACGGGGACAGGCCCCGCUCCGAGGAGGAGGAGUGGCAGCUGCUGGACGGCUUCAUCCGCUUCGUGGAGGCCCUGAACCGCAUCCGGCGGCGCCACCGCUCCGAUCGGAUGAUCCGGAAAGGGUCUGCCAUGAAAGGGUUGCAGAUUGCUGGUCCAAUUCCCACCCACUCUCUGGAGCAGUCUGGGCCUCCCAUUGGGAAGAAAGGAACCUCAGCACUCUCAGCUCUGCUGCAGAUGGAAGCCAGUCAGAAGAGCCUGGGGGAGCAGCAGGCAGCGCUGCUGUCUGGGAAGAGCAGCGGGCAGCCCUCGGAGAGCGGGAGCAUUGCCAUCACCCCCACCUACGUGGACAGCCCACGCAAGGAUGGGGCCUUCUUUAUGGAUUUUGUUCGCAGCCCACGCACAGCCUCCACCUUCUACUCACAGGUCUCCAUAGAUCAGUCAGUUCCUGGAGCUUCAGAUGGCAGCACAUUGGUAACCACAGGGCAGUUACCUGACAGGGGGAACACCCAGCCCUUGGGAAGCUCCCAGAAUGUGGCAGAGCAAGGAUAUCCCACAGCUGGUGCUGCAGAGGGCAGCUCCCAGCAGUGCUCAGCCAGCUCGCUAACUUCCUCCUCUACACUGAUGGAGAUUCUCGAAGCCAUGAAGCACCCCACCACAGGGGUCCAGCUGCUCUCCGAACAGAAGGGCCUCGCUCCAUCCUGCUUCAUCAGUGCAGAAGUGGUGCACUGGCUGGUGAACAAUGUGGAAGGGGUGCAGACCCAGGCCAUGGCCAUUGACAUCAUGCAGAAAAUGCUGGAAGAGCAGCUCAUUGUCCAUGCAUCUGGAGAAGCUUUGAGAACCUUUAUUUAUGGCUUUUAUUUUUACAAGAUUGUUGUGGACAAAGAAGCAGACCGAGUGGGCAUGCAGCAGCCUGCCAUGUGGCACACAGCUGCCAUGGACGACUUCUCUGCCUUCCAGAGGAAAUGGUUUGAGGUGGCCUUUGUGGCAGAAGAGCUCCUGCACUCAGAGAUCCCAGCCUUCUUCCUGCCCUGGCUGCCCAGCCGCCCAGCCUCCUAUGCAAGUAGGCACAGUUCCUUUAGCCGCAGUUUCGGAGGACGGAGCCAGGCAGCUGCACUCUUAGCUGCCACGGUGCCUGAGCAGCGGACGGUGACCCUGGAUGUGGACGUGAACAACCGCACAGACCGGCUGGAGUGGUGCAGUUGCUACUACCAUGGCAAUUUCUCCUUCAGUGCUGCCUUUGAAAUCAAGCUGCACUGGAUGGCAGUGACUGCAGCUGUUCUCUUUGAGAUGGUCCAGGGUUGGCACCGCAAAGCCACAUCCUGCGGGUUCUUGCUGGUGCCGGUCUUGGAAGGGCCCUUUGCCUUGCCCAGCUACUUAUACGGAGACCCACUUCGAGCUCAGCUGUUCAUCCCACUCAAUGUCAGCUGCCUGUUGAAGGAGGGCAGCGAGCACUUGUUUGAUGGCUUUGAACCUGAAACAUACUGGGACCGUAUGCAUCUCCUCCAGGAAGCAAUAGCACGCAGAUUUGGAUUUGUGCAAGAUAAAUACUCAGCCUCUGCCUUCAACUUCCCAGCUGAGAACAAGCCCCAGUACAUCCAUGUCACAGGGACAGUGUUUUUGCAGCUGCCCUAUUCCAAGCGGAAGUUUUCCUGCGGGCAGCAGCGCCGGCGGCGCAACUCCACCAGCUCCACCACCCAGAACGUGUUCUGUGAGGAGCGCGUGGGCUACAACUGGGCCUACAACACCAUGCUGACCAAAACCUGGCGCUCCAGCGCCACUGGCGACGAGAGGUUUGCUGACCGCCUGCUGAAAGACUUCACAGACUUCUGCUGGAACAAAGACAGCCGCCUGCUCUCCUUCUGGACAGACUGUCUAGAGAAGAUGCAUGCUAGUGCUCCAUGAAAUAGGGUUGUAGCUCUUGGGGAGGCAGCUGGAAGCUUUACCUUGUGGCAAGGAAGCAGAGGUGAAGGGUGGCUGGAAAAGAAGCCUCUGUUGCGCUCAUCCUGAGGCUCCAAGAGGACCUGAUCGGUGUUGCUGUUGAUAUCCAAAAGAAUUUGAUUAAGUCCCUGGAAAAAGAAUCCAAGCUCUUGGCUUGCCAAUAUCUAUUGCCUGAUCUCAGCUUUGUUUCAGGUCGCUGCAGUCCUCCAUUGCCAAAACUUGGGUUAGAGCAGAGGGAAAGGAGGGUGAGCGGAGAUGGUUUUCAAGGGUGCAGUGAGAUGGGAGCAGCUUUACUGACCUUGGAAGUGUGAUCUGUUUGCAUCUGCUGCGCCUGGCAGCAGCCUGCCUCUUUUCCUUCUGAGGUGCACCUAAGGUUGUGUCAAUAUGUAAGAUAAAAGGUGAGGGACACUUGUUAAAUUUCAUACGUGUAAAUAAGUAAAAAUGCAGAAAAUAAAGUGCCCUGAUGUUUUGU